CAUAACGAUCGACGGCGACAACAGAUAAGGGCACAAAGAACCACACAAAACAACCAUCAUGAUUUACCUUUCAUUGAACACUUCAUUUCUUCAAUCCCCAAUUUCCCAAAAUGGAGGCUCUCCAUCUGGGUUCAUAUCGUUUAUCAUCUUCAUCUUCCUUUCGCUCCUUCAACUACAUUACAAGUUCCUCCCAAACCCUCAAACGCUUUCGCCCUCUAAGUUUCCGUAGAGCCCACAUCAGAGCUGUUGGCACUGUUCCACAGAAUCAAUCUGAAACCACUGACCCUGAAGAGCCUCCGGUUGUCGAUUUCGCUUUCGUUAAUUCUGUGUUGCUUCCUGAUGGAACCCCAGAUGUGCACUUUCGUCGAGCAUGUGGUGGGCAAAAACUUAGAAACAUAAUGUUGGAUUCCAAUAUUGAGUUGUAUGGACCUUAUUCGAGAUUUCUGUUGAACUGUGCUGGUGGAGGCACCUGUGGGACUUGUAUGGUGGAGAUCAUUGAAGGGAAAGAGUUGCUGAACUCUCGCACAGACAUAGAGAAAGACAAACUUAAAAGGAAACCCAAAAACUGGAGACUAGCUUGCCAGACCACUGUGGGGAAACCAGAUUCCAGAGGGAUGCUUGUUGUUCAACAGUUGCCCGAGUGGAAAGCUCAUGAAUGGGGUUAUGAAAAAGUAGAGAUUUCAGAGUCAUCUGAGUCUGCAUAAUUUAACUCUUUUAUUUUAUUUUUGACCCAUCAGAGUCAGCUGAUCAGAAGAUUGAGCUAUGGACAUUAACUCAUCCACUUUGGAGCCUACAAAGACAAGCUCCUUGCCCCAUUAUUCAAUAGUGUAAUUAUUUCUUGUUUAUUUAAUACAGUUUGUUAUUUUUUUGGGCAAUAAAUGGAAGAUUUGGUAUUUGACUA